AUAUAGCAUUGAAUUGUGAUAUAGUAUAUGGCAUAUAGUAUAUAGUAGUAGUUGCAUCACGUUCAUACAUCAAAAGUCGUCUCAACCGCAGGUUGCAGAACCAACACCCAACAAAAAUUGUUAUGUCCCCAAACACAAUUAAUUCGAGUUUUCAGAGUCCAAAUCCAGCACAAUUAAUUUUGAACGUGAUCACUUAUUGAGCCCAAAGGGUCUUAAAUAGUUCCACUUCCCGUAGUAGAACACAAAUCAGCAAAAAAAGAGAAAAAGGUUUCAUUAAACAAACAACACGAGAGAGAGAAGAGAAAAUGGGUGGUGGUGGAGCUGAAGAAGGGAACAAUUUGGAAUUCACUCCCACUUGGGUUGUUGCUGUUGUUUGCUCUGUCAUCGUUGCUGUUUCAUUUGCCGCUGAGCGUUUUAUUCACUAUGGAGGGAUUUUUCUCAAGAAGAAGAAUCAGAAGCCACUCUUUGAAGCUCUGCAAAAGAUCAAAGAAGAGUUGAUGCUGUUGGGAUUUAUUUCUCUGCUACUGACAGUAACACAAAAUGGGAUAGUCAAAAUUUGUGUUCCAGUGAGUUGGACUCACCAUAUGCUUCCCUGCAGCUUCGAUCUUAAAGAAAAGGAGGAAUCAACAAAAACCACAUCACAUUUUCAGACUUUUUUUUCUUCCUCUAAUAUUUCUGGCAUAGCUAGACGCCUUUUAGAAGAGAGUAAGAGUGAGAGUGAGAAUCACGAACCAUCAACAGUGACAAAACUUGGACACUGUGCUGCCAAGGGCAAGGUUCCUCUGUUAUCCGUGGAGGCAUUGCAUCACUUGCAUAUCUUUAUUUUUGUCCUAGCUAUCGUCCAUGUAGCAUUUUGUGUUCUCACUGUAGUUAUUGGAGGGUUACAAAUUCGUCAGUGGAAGCACUGGGAAGACUCUAUUGUAAAGGAAAAUUAUGAAACACAACCAGUUCUUGAACCAACAGUGACUCAUGUUCAAGAACACGCUUUCAUUCAGAAUCGUUUUACUGGUUUUGGCAAAGAUUCUGCUGUUCUAGGUUGGGUGAAAUCAUUUUUCAAGCAAUUUUAUGGAUCUGUGACAAAAUUAGAUUAUGUGACAUUGAGGCUUGGUUUCAUUAUGACCCACUGCAGAGGAAAUCCAAAGUUUAAUUUUCAUAAAUACAUGAUUCGUGCCCUUGAAGAUGAUUUCAAAAAAGUUGUUGGUAUAAGUUGGUAUCUUUGGAUAUUUGUGGUCAUCUUCUUGUUGCUUAAUAUCAAUGGUUGGCACACAUAUUUCUGGAUUGCUUUCAUUCCUGUCAUUCUUCUACUUGCUGUGGGUACAAAGUUGGAGCAUGUAAUAAUUCAAUUGGCUCAUGAAGUAGCUGAGAAGCAUUCAGCCAUAGAAGGUGAAUUAGUUGUUCAACCAAGAGAUGAUCACUUUUGGUUCAAACGACCCCACAUUGUCCUCUUCUUGAUUCACUUCAUCCUUUUCCAAAAUGCUUUUGAGAUAGCAUUUUUCUUCUGGAUAUGGGUCACAUAUGGCUUUGACUCCUGUAUAAUGGGAAAAGUGCGUUACAUUGUUCCAAGACUCGUUAUUGGGGUAUUUAUUCAAAUACUAUGUAGCUACAGCACCCUACCACUUUAUGCAAUCGUUACACAGAUGGGAACUCACUUUAAGAAGGCUAUAUUUGAUGACCAAGUGCAAGCACGACUUGUUGGUUGGGCACAAAAAGCAAAGAAAAAAGGAUUAAGAGGUGAUAACAAUGGACAAGGAAGUUCUCAUGCAGGUGCUGGAAUUCAACUAGGACCAAUGUUUAGGAGAGCUUCUGCCACAGAAGACAACGUUGUUGUUCCCAGAAAUGAUGGGUCUGAAUGAGUGAACAUGCACACCCAAGCAAUGUUUUUGGAACCAUUAUAUGUUUUUUGUUGUUAACUAGUGUGUGUACCUGUGCCUUCUUGUCGCAUAGUAAUAUAUUUAUUUUUGUUGUGUAAAUAUAAAGUAUAUGAUUAUUAAUAUAGUAUUGUUAUAACUAUAUAUUUGGAUUAUAA